AUGGCUGCCCCCUCGAGCAAGACGACCAAGAACCUCAAUGGCCUAUGGACCAUGGUAAGAAAGCUCCAGGCUCCAUCCAAUUCCCCGACAUCCCCCCUUGCCCGCCUUCACUUGUCACUUGCGUUUGGCCCCCCUGCCUCGAGGGGAAGCGCCCGCCAAGAGGGGGAUUUUGGUUUUUACCCCUCCCCCGCUAUGAGAGCUUCUCUCGUCACCUGGCAAAAGAAAACACCAGCGCCAACCGCGCUCCAUGAGGAUGAUGAGCUUCUCUCGGAAAGGGGAAGCUGGCUAGCAGUGGAUCAGAUGGCAUCAUGGUGGGCAAACAAGACGCUCUCCGACUCCUCGGAGCCGGUGCUCUCCCUGCAGGGCGUCGGCUACCUGGUCCGCAAGGGCAUCGGCCUGGCGACCAUCACCAUCGAGGUCGAGCAGUACGAGGGCCCGCCCAAGCCGCCCAACACGGCCGCCGACGUGGUCACGCACAUCGACAUCAAGCAGUCGGCGUCGGGCCUGUCGAGCACGCAGGAGAACCGCUGCCUCGACAACUUCCCGCGCGACCACACCGACUGGCUGUUUGGCACCGUCACGGGCCGCAGCCGCUGGGUCUCGCUGGACGAGGUCACCGACGAGUAUCUCAAGAAGGGCUGGGAGGUCGAGGGCGGGGGCCAGAGCUUCAUCACCAACAUUGCUGAGAACAAGGAGAAGGGAUGGGUUGCUGAGCAGGUCUGGGGAUUUCAGAUUGUUAAUGGUGAGCGCAGGUACUGCAGGCAUGUUGUUGUGACUAAGGGAGAGGAGCGGGCUCAGAUCCGACUCGUCUAUGACUUUAACGACGAGUAA